CGCGGGCGGAAGCGCGGGCGGGCCGUAGCGGCGGCGCCGUCCCCUCAGAGGGGCGGUGGCGCGCGGGCUGAGGGCUGAGGCUCCUCGGCCGGGACGGGAGGCGAGCGCUAGGCUGCUGCGCGAUGAGCGGCGCCCAGGACCGGGGCCCCGAGGCCGGCGCUGGGCGCGCCGAGCCCCCGGGCCGGGCGCUGAGCGUGGACGUGGCGGGGCUGCUGGCGCAGUUGGCGCGCAGCUUCGCGCUGCUGCUGCCGGUGUACGCGCUCGGCUACCUGGGCCUGAGCUUCAGCUGGGUGCUGCUGGCCCUCGGGCUGCUCGUGUGGUGCCGGCGGAGCCGCGGCCUCAAGGCCACCCGCCUGUGCCGCGCGCUGGCGCUGCUGGAGGACGAGGAGCGCGCCGUGCGCCUGGGCGUGCGCGCCUGCGACCUGCCGGCCUGGGUUCAUUUUCCGGACACUGAAAGAGCAGAAUGGCUAAAUAAGACUGUAAAACAUAUGUGGCCUUUUAUUUGCCAAUUUAUAGAGAAGUUGUUUCGAGAAACCAUAGAACCAGCUGUGCGAGGAGCAAAUGCCCACCUUAGCACCUUUAGUUUCACGAAAGUUGACAUGGGUCAGCAGCCCCUCAGGAUCAAUGGUGUUAAGGUGUAUACUGAAAAUGUGGACAAAAGGCAAAUUAUUAUGGACCUUCAGAUUAGUUUUGUAGGAAAUUGUGAGAUUGAUUUGGAGAUCAAGCGAUAUUUUUGUAGAGCUGGUGUGCAAAGUAUACAGAUCCAUGGUACAAUGCGGGUGAUCCUGGAACCGUUGAUUGGAGACAUGCCCUUGGUAGGAGCUUUGUCUAUCUUCUUUCUUAGGAAGCCGCUUUUAGAAAUUAACUGGACAGGACUGACUAAUCUUCUUGAUAUCCCUGGAUUGAAUGGUUUAUCAGAUACUAUCAUUUUGGAUAUAAUAUCGAACUAUCUGGUACUUCCCAAUCGAAUCACCGUUCCUCUUGUCAGCGAAAUUCAAAUAGCUCAGUUGCGGUUUCCUGUACCAAAGGGUGUUCUAAGGAUACAUUUUAUUGAAGCUCAGGAUCUUCAGGGGAAAGAUACUUAUCUGAAGGGACUUGUCAAGGGAAAGUCAGACCCCUAUGGAGUAAUUCGAGUUGGCAACCAAAUCUUCCAAAGCAAGGUCAUCAAAGAGAACCUUAGUCCAAGGUGGAACGAGGUGUACGAGGCUUUAGUCUAUGAACAUCCUGGACAGGAAUUAGAGAUUGAGCUCUUUGAUGAAGACCCAGACAAGGAUGACUUUCUGGGAAGUCUUAUGAUUGAUCUUAUUGAAGUUGAAAAGGAGCGCCUUUUAGAUGAAUGGUUCACCCUGGACGAAGUCCCCAAAGGAAAGCUGCACUUGAAACUGGAGUGGCUCACAUUAAUGCCAAAUGCGUCAAACCUUGAUAAGGUGCUGACAGACAUCAGAGCUGACAAAGACCAAGCCAAUGAUGGUCUUUCCUCUUCAUUGCUGAUCUUGUAUUUGGAUUCAGCAAGGAACCUUCCGAGUAACCCAUUAGAAUUUAACCCUGAUGUCUUGAAGAAGGCUGCAGUUCAGAAAGCUUUAAAGUCAGGGAAGAAGAUAAAUAGCAACCCGAAUCCUCUUGUCCAGAUAUCCGUUGGGCACAAGGCCCAGGAGAGCAAGAUUCGGUACAAAACCAAUGAACCUGUGUGGGAGGAAAACUUUACCUUCUUCAUUCACAAUCCCAAGCGCCAAGACCUUGAAGUUGAGGUCAAGGAUGAACAACAUCAGUGUUCUCUGGGGAAUCUGAAGAUCCCUCUCAGUCAGCUCCUCAACAGCGAUGAUAUGACCAUGAACCAGCGAUUCCAACUCAGUAAUUCAGGUCCAAACAGCACUCUGAAGAUGAAGAUUGCCCUCAGGGUACUCCACCUUGAAAAGCAAGAGAGGUCUCCAGACCACCAACACUCAGCUCAAGUAAAGCGACCCUCUGUUUCCAAAGAAGGGAGAAAAGUAUCUGUUAGAUCUCAGAUGUCAGUGUCACCAGGCGCUGGCAACAGCAGCACAGCCCCGUCCACACCAGUAAUUGGGGGUGGUGAUAAGCCCACCAUGGAGGAGAGACCCCAGCCUUCGGAAGCCAGCCCUCUGGGGCCACGAGACCUAGGCAGAAGCUCCUCCAGCCUCCAAGCCGGCCCUGCCUGCUCCCCCAGCCAUAUUUCUGUCAAGGAGCCCACCCCAAGCAUAGCCUCGGACAUAUCACUGCCCAUCGCCACACAGGAACUUCGGCAGAGGCUGCGGCAGCUUGAAAAUGGUACGACACUGGGACAGUCUCCCCUGGGGCAGAUCCAGCUGACCAUCCGGCACAGCUCGCAGAGAAACAAGCUUGUGGUGGUCGUGCACUCCUGCAGAAAUCUCAUUGCCUUCUCUGAAGAUGGCUCUGACCCCUAUGUCCGCAUGUAUUUGUUACCAGACAAGAGGAGGUCAGGAAGGAGAAAAACACACGUGUCAAAGAAAACAUUGAACCCGGUGUUUGAUCAAAGUUUUGAUUUUAGCGUUUCACUACCAGAAGUGCAGAGGAGAACAUUGGACGUAGCAGUGAAGAACAGUGGCGGCUUCCUGUCCAAAGACAAAGGGCUUCUUGGCAAAGUGUUGGUCGGUCUGGCGUCUGAAGAACUCGCCAAAGGCUGGACCCAGUGGUACGACCUCACGGAAGACGGGACAAGACCACACGUGGUGACGUAGGCGGGUCUGGUGUGAGGAGCCCUCCUUGGUGUGUCUGCCCCACCCGUGUGCUCGGAAUGCAGCCUCCCACAGACGUACUGAUACUAUUUUUAUAAUUUCAUCUAUUUAGUUAAUAGUUUUAUAAAACAUGUUGACAUUUUAGGCAUAUUUGGCCAAUAUUAUCGUUAAAUUUUGUAUGUUUAAUUUCCUCUAGUAUUUCACCAGUUAUUACAGUAUACAAUAGGAUAGUACUUAAUUAUUGUGUUAUGUAAAGCUGUAUGUCAGUUGUAUCUACUAGGAGGUGGAUAUAUGUAUAUGCUUUAUUAUUGCCUUGUUUUGUAUAUUACUGAGGUACACUAUGCCAUGUAAAUAGACUCUAUUUUUUAUAAUCUACAUGCUGGUUUGAAUUCAGAAGAAAAUGAAUCAAGGAAAUAUAUAUUUUUUUUCUUCUAAAACUUAUUAAAUUCUUAUGACAAAUAAUCAUUUUUGCCUUUGCAGGAAAAAGUUCUAGUGACCUAUUUUGUGGUAUUUCUUUUUAAAAAGAAAAACUGAAAGAUUAUUAAAUAUUAGUGUAUUUCUGCCCAUUAUGGAUGAUGAAAGAAAGUAUUCAGAAUAUUAACACUUUCAUAAACAGAAAGAUGUAUUAUUGAGAAGUCAGUUGAAGUACUUAUAAGGAAAAAUGUAUAACUGAGUAAUUGAAAGUAUUAAGAGAAUUGUUGUGGUUCAUAAAUCAUAGUGUACUAAUCUGAAAUUUCCUACAUAAAAUGAAAUGUCUUAAGUUUAUUUGUAAUUGCUUGUUAUAACUUAUUCUGAAAUAGUACACAGAUACACAAUCAUACUUUU